AUGAUGCAAUGUUCCUCUUGGGAUAUUAAGCAAAUAUGUGGUCAUAAGAAUGUAGGUUGGACUCUACAAAAAUCGUUAGGAAAUUCCGGUGGCAUGUUAAUUCUCUGGGAUAGAGAUUUUUUGGAAGUAAGUGAUUCACUUGUCGGUGACUACACGCUAUCAAUUUUAUGUACAAAUAAGAAUGAUAACUUCCAGUGGGUGCUUACAAACGUUUAUGGACCAAACAAUUCAGUGGAGAGGACUGAAUUUUGGCUAGAACUCGAUAACGUUUGUAGAUAUUGGAUUAAUAUUCCAUGGUGUAUUGGGGGUGACUUCAACACAAUUGUGAAUUGUGGUGAAAAAAAGAAUUGUAAGAGGAUUACAAGAAUUAUGAGAAAGUUCAACAAAUUUAUAGUUGAGCACGAUCUCAUUGACUUGCCUCUGAAGGGUGCAAGAUACACUUGGUCGAAUGGACAAUCAAAUCCGGUUAUGUGCAGGUUAGACAGAUUUCUCAUUUCCCCAUCUUUUGAACAACAUUACCCUUUCGUUACCCAGUUAGCUAAAGCCAGACCUACAUCCGAUCACAUUCCACUCCUUCUAGAAAUUUCUGACCCUUCCUGGGGACCUAGUCCUUUUAGGUUUGAAGCUAUGUGGUUCAUGGAGAAUGGUUUCUUACAAUUACUGGAAGAUUGGUGGCUUUCUUUUUGUUUUGCAGGUACACCUAGUACAGUGCUUUGGUUGAAGUUAAAGGCACUUAAGGAAAAGCUAAAAGUCUGGAACAAAGAAGUUUUUGGACACACAACCACAAAUCUCAAUAUCAUUCUCUCGGAUAUUCAAACUCUAGAUUUGCUAGGAGAAGAUAAUGUUCUCACAGAAGAAGAGCGAAAUGUGCAUCUACAAAAUAAAGAGGAAUUCGAAAGGAUUUCUAAAAUGGAGGAGACGUCAUGGAAAAUUAAAUCAAAAACCAAAUGGCUACAAGAGGGAGACCGAAACACUUCAUUCUUCAUCAGCAAUGCCUCUGCGAGACGUAGAUACAAUAAAAUAAGGAAAUUAUACGUCGAAAAUGAACUUGUGUCUGAUAGGAAGAGGUUACAAGAACAUAUUGUGGGUUUUUACAAGACACUUUUCACUGAAGAAGAAAUUAUUAGGCCUGAUUUAGAAGGGAUUGAUUUUGAUUCCAUCACUGCUACAGAAGCUAUUAUCUUAGAUUCUGAUUUUAAUGAAGAUGAGGUCGUACGUGCCAUCAGGGACUUAGGAAAUGACAAAGCUCCGGGUCCAGACGGAUUUCCAAUUAUUUUCUUUCAGAAGUGUUAG